GCCACAGUGGCUGCCCUUUGCGUGCUGCGAGGUGGGGGACCCUGGGCAGGAAGCUGGCUGGGCCCCAAGACCCCGGGGGCCAUGGGCGGGGAGCUGCUGUCCGGCCUGGGGGCCCUGCGGCGGAGGAAGCGGCUGCUGGAGCAGGAGAAGUGGCUGGCCGGCUGGGCGCUGGCGCUGGCGGGCGCUGGCAUCGGGCUCAUGGUCCUGCACGCGGAGAUGCUGUGGUUCGGGGGGUGCCCGUGGGCCCUCUACCUGUUCCUGGUGAAAUGCACCAUCAGCGUCUCCACCUUCCUGCUGCUUUGCUUCAUCCUGGCCUUUCACGCCAAGGAGGUCCAGCUGUUCAUGACGGACAACGGGCUCCGGGACUGGCGCGUGGCGCUGACCGGGCGGCAGGUGGCGCAGAUGGUGCUGGAGCUGGCGGUGUGCGCGCUGCACCCCGCGCCGGUGCAGGGCCCGCCGUGCGCGCCCGGGGCGGCCGCCGCCGCCUGGCCGGGCUUCCUGGACCAGGGCGAGGCGCUGCUGUCGCUGGCCAUGCUGCUGCGCCUCUACCUGGUGCCCCGCGCCGUGCUCCUGCGCAGCGGCGUCCUGCUCAACGCCUCGUACCGCAGCAUCGGCGCGCUCAACCAGGUCCGCUUCCGCCACUGGUUCGUGGCCAAGCUGUACAUGAACACGCACCCCGGCCGCUUGCUGCUCUGCCUCACUCUGGGGCUCUGGCUCACCACCGCCUGGGUGCUGUCGGUGGCUGAGAGGCAGGCCGUUAAUGCCACCGGGCACCUUUCUGACACGCUGUGGCUGAUUCCCAUCACGUUCCUGACCAUCGGUUACGGGGAUGUGGUGCCAGGCACCAUGUGGGGCAAGAUCGUCUGCCUGUGCACGGGGGUCAUGGGGGUCUGUUGCACUGCCCUGCUGGUGGCCGUGGUGGCCCGAAAACUGGAGUUCAACAAGGCCGAGAAGCACGUGCACAACUUCAUGAUGGACAUCCAGUACGCCAAGGAGAUGAAGGAGUCAGCUGCACGCGUGCUGCAGGAGUCCUGGAUGUUCUACAAACACACACGCAGGAAGGAAUCGGGAGCCGCCCGCAGGCACCAGCGCCGGCUGCUGGCUGCCAUCAACACGUUCCGCCAGGUGCGGCUAAAGCACCGAAAGCUUCGGGAACAAGUGAACUCCAUGGUGGACAUCUCCAAGAUGCACAUGAUCCUGUGUGACCUGCAGCUGAGUCUUAGCAGCUCCCACCGGGCCCUGGAGAAGCGCAUGGACGCGCUGGCGCUGAAGCUGGACACGCUGACCGAGCUGCUCGGCUCCGCCCUGAGGGUGCAGCCACUUCCAGAAGCCAACCAGGAGGCCACGUAGCUGACUCUUGGUGCCAGCUACUCCCGCCCUUCUACACACGCCUGUUGACCCUGACUUCACAUCCGUGUCCAUCCCCUGGCAAUUUCCCGACGGCCUUCUGUCUCCGC